AUGCCGGCCUCCAAGAAGCGCAUCCAGAACCGCGGCACGCUCAAUGUGGGCACGCAGCAGGUGCCGGCGGCGCUCAAGGACUGGGUGCACAUUUGGCACGGCGUCAAGGUGAAUAACGGGUCGGAGGACACGUCCAUCUUCCACGCGGGCUCGCGCAUCGAGGAGAUGCCGUUCUGGAAGCAGUUCAUCCGGCUGCCGGCCAACUCGCUGUUCCCCAGAGUCUUCACGAGCUCCAACCCGAGGAAACCGUACAAGGACUUCCUCUACGUGUUGCUGAACAUGCGCUGGCCGAUGCUGCUGAUGGUGCUGCUGGCGGUCUUCAUGGCCAACAUUUUCUUCUUCGCAGCUGUCACGUGCUUCAUUUGUGGAGAGCCGACCAACUUCUUCGAGGCGUUCGACUUGAGCUACCAGACCUUCACCACGAUCGGAUUCGGCGUUGUGUACCCCACGCGCACGUGUGGCAAUGUGAGUAUGUCUGUGGAGUCGUUCGCGUCCAUGAUGGUCGUGUCGGCCGUCACGGGUCUCGUAUUUGCGAAAUUCGCCAAGCCGCAGGCCAAAGUUGCCUUUAGCAAGGUUUGCGUGGUACAGCCUUACGGUAAAAAGUACCUGGCGCUUGUGGUACGAGUGGCGAAUGCGACGCAGUCGCGCGAUGUGACCCACGAUGUGAUCAUGGAGGCCGUGUUCAAGGUCAACUUGCUGCGCGUGGAGCACAAGACUAAACACAUUCGGGCUCACGAUGAUGAAGCCACGGAGAAACGGAGGCUAUCGCGGUCGGCUCACUAUAUUAUCAACGAUGCUGAGGAUGCGGUGGACAACCCCGCGUGCUCACCGACCAAGGUGCUUACUUCGUACAACCUGAAGCUGCUGCAGAACAACUUCAUCACAUUCCGCAUGGGCGUUGCUGUAGUGCACGUGAUUGACGAGACCAGUCCGCUUUUCGGGAUGUCGAAAGAUGAUAUUGCCCAGUCUGACAUGCUGAUAGAGGUGGCCAUGUCGGGAGUCGACUCCACACUUCAAGACACAGUUUCAGAGCGCUACAUCUACACGGCAGCAAAUCUGAUGUGGGGAUACCGCUUCGCCGAAUUGCUGGAAUUUAACGAACGGGAGGCGGAAGUCAUCAUGAACUUUGCAAAGCUCAGUACGGUCGAGGCUGCGCCGAUCGAUAAUGCUCGGUAUCUAAAGCCAAUUUUCUCGAAUGGGGGCUACCGCGACAGCCACGAAAGCAGCAAGAGUGGAUAUACCCAUACAGUUGCCGGUCGGCGUUCACAUCGUAAGUCGAAGGUAUGGCAUCGCGAGGAAGAACGUCACCCCUAUCAUGACGAAGCAGUGCAUGAAGUUCCAGCCGAGUACUCUGAGUCCAUUAUGAUGAGCUCAAGAUCAGGAUCGUGGGACGGGCAGUCCAAUGCAGACUCGACUGUACCAGCUCAAUCACACCCUCCUGUUUCGUUCUCAAAGAAGCCUGGCCCGAAGAAGUUUGCAAUGGGACUAGAGCCACUGUUUGAACCAUUGCUACAGCAGCCGUUUGGAACACAGCGAAUACCGAAAGCUCCGACCGCCGAAACUCGAGCAGCUCAAAGAGGAGGACUGCGAGUAUGGAGAGAAAACGAGGCGUCUCUGAAGGAAGGGCGGAGCAGGCACCACGGUGGUGGACGUAACAGUGACGGAGGUCGGGGCUCUUUCGAGGGUCCAAACGGCCUCCGAGCGAAGAAUUUUCUCCAGCGAGAAAUGGCAGGCUCUGUCAUGAUUGACGACGACGCCAGCACGAUCUCGCAGGAGGAAGGACACAAGGACGACAUCGCCGAUAUUGAUGAUAUCGAUGGCAUUGGCGUUGAAGUUGAUAAUAUCGACUAUGACAGCGACGAAGGAGAUGAGGGUGCGGAGGCCGUUGAACAAAUGGAUAUUAGUUGCCGUCGACAACGCGCUCAGACAACUUGGUCCGCCGUGUCCAUUGAAGUCGAAGACACGCCUCGAUUCUUGCGUAUUUUGCCCGUGCACAUCCCAAAGUCGUUCAGCUUCAUGCGCUUCUACCAAAGUGCUCUGCACGUGCGCUGGCCCAAGAUCAUCGUCGUGUUCAUCGUGGUUUUCCUGGUCCUGAACUUCGUGUUUGGGUUUCUGUACUGGCUUGACGAGAGCAACAUCUCCGCUUAUGACGACGUGGUGGUCCCCAAGUAUGAACUGGCGUUCUACAUGAGCGUCCACACACUAGCCACCAUCGGCUAUGGGUCCAUCGCGCCGAUGCCGGACUCCGUCUACAUGAACGUUGUCGUGUUCAUCGAGUCGAUGGUGGGGAUCAUCGCGGUGACGAUCAUCACAGGCAUCGCCUGGUCCAAGUUCGCUCGGCCCCGAGCGCACAUUCACUUUUCGUCCAAGAUGACUAUCUCCACCAUCUACGGCCACAGGUGCCUCGUUUUCCGAGCCGCCAACACGCGGCAUUCCGGCGAGGUGCACGAGAACUUUUUCCGCAUCGGCGUGAUUCUCACGAAUCGACGUACAGGACUGCGUCAGAUGUACGACGUGCCGCUUGUGACGGCGGAAUGGCCGUCCAUCAAGCUACCGGCGACGCUCAUCCACGUCAUUAACGAGAACUCGCCGUUCUACAAGUUCCACUCCAUGGAGGACCUCUCUCAAUCUCGAGUUGCGGUCAUCGCGUUGCUGACGGGGCUGGACACGACGUUCUCCGAGAACGUGUACGCGCGCAAAAUGUACUUCUGGGACGACUUCGAGUACGAUAUGCGGUUCGCGGACUUCGCAGUCAUCGAGCGCGACCGCGUCAUCGUCGACUACGAGCGCUUUGACCGACUCAUUCCAGAGGACCGAGAUGAACAAGUCAUCACGACGCCGGUGCUGUCCGAGAGGUCUUCCAUUGCAGACGUAGUUUAG